UAAAGUCAAAGAUAUUUCAUUUAAUUUUUUUUUAUUAUUUAUUAUUUUCUGGUAAAGAAAUAUGUUUUUUCGUGAUUUUAUCUAUUAUUACAUGUAAUUUAACAUUAUGUGUUGAUGUUGUACGGAUUCUCAUACAUGUAGAAAACAUUUACUUAUAUUACACAUCUCUAACAGUGUUUUACUGUUUUUUGUUGCUUGUUUAUGUCAUUUUCAGGCAGAACAAACCUUCAGGUCUCAUAUAAUUAAACCUCUGCUGCCAUCAUGUGGAUUUUUCCCACAGACUCCAACGUCUGCGUUUCACAACUUCUCCUCCAGCCGGUAAUGUGAGUAAAUGUCUGGUUUAAACUGAGUGGCAGCUCCAGAUCUUCAGCCUGUUUCCUGUCUUUCAGAGUGAAGCUGCUCCACCCAGCAGCAGGACUCACCUGGUGAGGCAGGUUGAGAACAGGUGGAACCAGAACUGAGCUGCAGCUUCUUGUUCACGCUCAGGAAGUUUGCUGCUGUUUCUUUGAGGGAUUAAAGUGACGUUUUAUCACAUUUUAUUGACCGAGGAUUGGACUCUACUGACAAAUAUGUGAUCUCUAAACCUUAAAUGGAGCUGGCUGUGCAGGUUUUUGAUAAAUUAGACUUUUUUCUUUGAUGUUUCAGGAGAGUUUUGAGCCUAAAUCAGUGGAAAUGGGGAGACUUCCCUGCCUCCUUCUUGUCCUUGUGCUCUGCUGGAGUUUUGGGAGAUGUGAGCUCCAGGAUGAGAAGCCUCCGUCCAGCAGCAUCCCCACCGUCAAGCCUCUCCACGAUGAGCUCAACCAGCCCCAGGCCUUCCCUGAGGAGCAGAGGGCCAACCUGCCCGUCUUCACCAUGGACUAUCCCCGGAUCCAGGUGCCCUUUGAGUUCACGCUCUGGGUGCUGCUCGCCUCCUUCGCCAAGAUCGGUUUCCACAUCUACCAUAAGAUCACCAUCUGGAUCCCAGAGUCGUGUCUGCUGAUCUCCAUCGGUCUGGUGGUUGGAGCCAUCAUGCACUCAGUGAAGGAGGAGCCUCCGGCGGUGCUCAGCUCCAACGUCUUCUUCCUCUACAUGCUGCCGCCCAUCGUGCUGGACAACGGCUACUUCAUGCCCACGCGGCCGUUCUUCGAGAACGUGGGCACCGUGCUGUGGUACGCCGUGGUGGGAACCCUGUGGAACAGCGUCGGCAUCGGGCUCUCGCUCUUCGCCAUCUGUCAGAUCGAGGCGUUCGGGGUUCAGGACAUCAACCUGCAGGAGAACCUGCUGUUCGCCUCCAUCAUCUCGGCUGUGGAUCCUGUCGCUGCUCUCAACGUGUUCGAGGACAUCGGAGUCAACGAGCAGCUUUACAUCGUCAUUUUUGGAGAAGGACUCUUCAACGAUGCCGUCACUGUGGUUCUCUACAGCAUGUUCUCCUUCCUGGCCGACCUGCCGGUGGUCGAGUCCGUCGAUGUUUUCCUGGGAGUCGCUCGCUUCUUCGUUGUGGGGGUCGGUGGCGUCCUCUUCGGCCUCCUGUUCGGCUUCGUGGCAGCGUUCACGACACGUUUCACCCACAACGUCCGUCAGAUCGAGCCGCUGUUCGUCUUCAUGUACAGCUACCUGGCCUACCUGGUGGCCGAGCUGUUCGCCAUCUCCAGCGUCUUGGCUAUCAUAACGUGUGCCAUCACCAUGAAGUACUACGUGGAGGAGAACGUGUCCCAGAGAUCCUGCACCACCAUCCGUCACGUGGUCAAGAUGUUAGCGACCGUCUCCGAGACGCUCAUCUUCUUCUUCCUGGGUGUGGUUACCAUAACGACGGAGCACGAGUGGAGCUGGGCCUACGUCCUGUUCACGCUGCUGUUCGCCUUCGUCUGGAGGGGAAUCGGGAUGCUGGUUCUCACUCAGAUCAUCAACCCGUUUCGAACCAUCCAGUUCAACUUCAAGGACCAGUUUGGUUUGGCCUACGGAGGCCUGCGAGGGGCAAUCUGCUUCGCCCUGGUCUUCACUUUACCCGACAACAUCAACAGGAGGAACCUGUUCGUCACGGCCUCCAUCGCCAUCAUCAUCUUCACCGUCUUCAUCCAGGGAAUCAGCAUCCGUCCCAUCGUGGAGUACAUAAACAUCAGGAGGACCAACAAAGACCUGAACACCAUCAACGUGGAGGUCCACACCAGGAUGAUGGAACACGUCGUUUGUGGCAUCGAGGACCUGUGUGGUCAGUGGAGUCACUACUACUGGAAAGACAAGUUCAAGAAGUUCAACGAUAAAGUUCUGAGGCGGAUUCUGCUGCGAGACAACCGAGCCGAGUCCAGCAUCGUGUCUCUCUAUAAGAAGCUGGAGCUGCAGAACGCCAUCGACUUACUGGAUACGCCGAUGGGAGAUCUGAGCGCAGCGCCAUCUAUCAUCUCUCUGCACGACGAGAAGAAGGAGGCGGCUCGGCCCAAGAAGAAGUUCUUGGCCGCUGACGUGAGGAAAAUGCACGACAUCCUGUCAAAGAACAUGUACAAGAUCCGACACAAGACAAUAGCCUACACCAACAAAUAUAAUCUACCUGACAACAGUCGAGCCAGGGAGAUUCUGAUUCGCCGCCAUGCAAGCAUCAGACGCAGCCUUCGACCUGGAAGUUUCCGAGAGCUGGGAGAACAGAACAUCCCCAGAUCUCAGAAGUAUUACUCCCUCCAGCCUGGAGGAGACCUGGAGUCUGCGUUCGGCCUCAGAAGACGAAGUCACGCCGGUGAUGAGGUGGAUCGAGUCUCGGCUCGCCUCCAGGCCUCCGGUGUGUCUCCACGCUCCUCCUCCCGCUCUCUGGUGCCCAUGAGGAGGCUGAACACCAUCCAGGAACAGGGGGGUUCGGGGAAGAACGUUGUGGACCAGGAGGCCUCUGGAGGUCGGUCCGGUUCCAGCCUCAGAGGCAGGAAAGCUCCGGUUCCUGCACCCAGGAGACGCAGCUCGGAUCGGGAAGACGACUCUGAACCUCCAGGAAGAGGGGAGGAAGCGCUGAAUCCUCCCCAGCUGCCUCCUGCUUCACGCUGGGUACCCGAGGACAGAGACCCCCGAGAAGAUGAGGCAGGAAACCCACUGCUGAGACACUCAUCACAGACAUCUGGAGGCUCCGCCAGGUUAUGACUGAAAGCAGCCUCACAUCUGCCUUUUAGUAAAUAUCAAAACAUUUUGUUCACCGUUAAUGACUGGAGAAAAUGAAACUCUGAUGGUCUGUUCACAGCAACUAUGAGGACUGGUCCGAAUGGCUUAUUUAUGCUCUUUUCAAGCAUAUUUACGUCAUUACACUUGUUUUAUUGAAGCCCUAAUUUCAUUUACUCUCAGUAAGUCCAGUUUCCAAUCACUCAGGGUCGUUACUAUGUACUUUUAACAUGUUUUUAACAAAUUUUGUAUACAUAUUUUUGCAAUGUUAAAGUUAUUUACAUGUUUCUAAAGGGAAUUUUGAGCUUUGUUUUUAUUAAGUUGGCAAAAUUUUAAGAAUUAGACUGCUCCAGAGGUAAGGAGGGAGGUGAGAGGAAUUGAAAUCCUGACGUUAAAGUGAAAUAUUUGGUUUGAUUAACGAGCUAAUUUUAUUAAGUUGCAUCAACUUCAAUCUAUUUUAAAGAAACUUUGGUAUAAAUUACAACAUUAAGUUCAUACAACCUUAUUAUGUCAACUCAACCGAUCAAAACAAUGCCUGCAACUUAAGUGCUUUGCUUAAAUCACCAAAUUAAACUAAAAAAGCUUGUUAACCAGCUUCCACUUGAAAUGUUUGCAUCAUAACAUACAUUUUUUGAUCAGACAUGCAAGUCUUGAGUAGGCAAUAAAGAAUAAGCAUGUAUUGUUUACAAGCAGCUACUUUGAUUUUUUUUAAGCACAAAAAUGCUAAAAGUUCAACCAUUUGAAUUUAAAUGCAGCUUCCUUCCAUCUUCCACCCAUAAAUGUUAAUUUAACAUUAGUCCCAGUUGUGUUCUAUUCAAGGAAACAUGGCAGUAAUAGCAGUUUUCUGCAGCUUUAAGCGGAUUAAUGUGCAAUUAUCUGAGCUGCCAGUCAGGCUGAGGCAUCAUGGUCAUUUCAUGGUGAAAAUACGUUAGAAAAAGAAAUCUAAUUCUGCUUUAAAAAAUGCUAAUACUCGAUUUUAACAUCCCUAUCCAAUUAAACAGAUGGCAGCAGCGUGGUCUGUACAAAGAAGACAGUGUUGUGAUAAAAUUAGCAGCAAGUAGAGCUCAGAGUUUGAGCCAAUGAGUUGGUGAAAUUAACUUUAUUUAGCAAGAAAAUUGACCUAAAGGCUGGAAAUGAUUACAAACCUGGACCAGACAAAAGCAGCCAUUUUCUAAAUCUUCCUUCAAACCAUAGCAGCCAGAAUUAGCCGCCGCAGCUCUGCUAAGCUUAAAAUCUGUAUUCAAGUAUUAUGUUAAAAGACAAAAAUCUAAUUAUAAGAUAGUUUAGAGGACAGCGUCUUUUAUCUAUCCUUUACAAAACCAAAAACGAGCAAAAAUCUAAAAAACUAGAUUCAACAAUCUGCCCCAAAGCGAGCUACAAACGUUAGCAUGUCUGGCUAACUAGCUUCCUACAUCUGUUGAGCUACUAACACAAACCAAGGGUAAGUUUUGAAAUAACUACAUUGUUUUGUGGGGUUCAGGUUAAAUUUUUAAAAAUUAAGCUAAACAAAAAGCCUGUUUAUAACUUAAUAACACAUUUUCUCUGCUGGUUUCAAGCUGGAAAUGGAUGCUAUUCGCUAUAUCCAUCUUUAGGCUGAUGCUAGCGGCUAUGCUCAGCGCUACUGGAUUUAGGUAAGUUGACUUUCCAGUAUUAUUAAAUUUUGUUUUGUGUUCAAACACCCUGAUUAGUCCCCUUUGUUAAUGAAAUUUCUCUUGUAUUAUUUUGUCAAAAUAUAUUUGAAAAUAUGAGCAAUAAUGCAAACAUGUAUGCAAGUAUGCAGCUAAUCCACAUGUAGCUUUAGCCUCCAUCUUUUAGCACAAUAUCAGAAUUGUACUGUAAACCAGGCAUAUGUUUAGAUCCCUGGGUUCUUUUUAAAAUGAAAUUGACUGGAAAGGUUUAAAAAAAAAUGGCUAAACACAACAACAUUAAUCAUAAAAUUGUGAAGAUAAUGUUAGCUACAGCUGUCAGCUAAGCUUAAGAUGAAAAAUAUGAAAUAAAAAGACUGCUUUGAUCUGCCUGUGUUUGAAAUGGAAGACAAUUUGUUUUCAGUAACAGAUAUAACUGAUUAUAUUAUUUUUCUUUUGCCUCUAUGUAUUUAAGUGAGAAUAGAGUCGGAGGUGUGGAUAUCUGCACCUAAAUUGUAGAUAUUUGUAAUGAAAAACUAAUUGAGUAAAAAUGACAUCAUUUGUCUUGUAGGAACGUUAUUCUGGAUAUGUGAAAAGACUGGAAAAGCUGAAUUAUAAUCUGCAAUACAUAUACAUAGCUAUUAAAUGUAAAAGCACAUUGUGCUAAAAGGUGUAUAUUGUACUGCAAAAACUCACAUUAUAGCAGAAAAAUUACUUGUUUGCCACCCUUUAUCCAUAUAAUAUGCUGUCCUUAUAUUAAUAGAAUCCGACCAAUUUAUGUUUCCUUCAUAAUGCAUUUGCUGCUGCAAAUUGGCUCUACGUAAAGAUAAUUUCUAGGAGACAAGCUUAUAAAAUCAAUAAGAAGACACUCAUCUGUGCUUUCAAAUGAUCUUCUUAGGAGUGUAGCAUCCAUUUUUUAAAUUUGUUUAACCUUCAGUCGAAUGUGAAAUGAUGUAACAGAGAUGUGGAUCCAGUAAUAUCAGCUGAUGGAGUAACAUUACACCAUUUAAACAGAGCAUUUGAAACCAGCCAGGGGACCCACAGGUGCUAUUAAACUCAGGAAAGAGGAGAUCGAGCACAAAACACUCCCCCUUGUUUGCUUUAAUGCCCUCUUUUAUUAGUUCAUUCGACUCUCUGAUGGCCUUCUACACCCAGAUAAUCUAUCAGAGUUUGUGUCUCACAGGAAGCAUAAACUAUAAAUAUGUUUUUGUUUCUUAAAGGUGCAUCAAGGAGAUUCUACUUGAAAUUCAGCAAAAUCUAUCACAACAGCGUGUUCAAAAUUAGAUUAAAGAUGCUUUCUGGAAAUUAAAAUGUGCAGGAAGUGUUUAAAAGUGAGUGUUUCAGUGAAAUUGUGCGUAGAACGGCUCAGAUUAAAUAGAAUAGAUGUGAGCUUUUAUCAUGAUGACAGCUUGCAGUGGUCUUUACUCUGAUUUCUGUGUAAAUCUGCUGUGACAGGAAGCCUUGAACAGCAGACAGUCGGUAUCCCUUUAUGAACUAAAUACACAAGUUCAGCAGCAGUUUAUAAACCAACCACAGGAUUUGACCUUGACCUGCUGUGUUUCACUGAUAUAGAAGGAAAAUGCUUACAAAGAGGCACAAAAAUACCACAAAGAAGCUGAAAAUGACAACAAAGAGAGUCAAAGUGACAACAAAGAGAUGCAGAACAGACACAGAAUGACAGCAAGAUUUAAAACUGCUACAAAAGAUUCACAACAAUCACAUAAAACAUAGAAUAACUACAAAGAGAUAUGAAAUAGUUUUAAAAAAGUGAAAAUGUCUACAGCAAGAUUUGAUGACCACAAAAGAGUUGAAAACAGAAGCAAAACAUCAGUACAAAGAUGCAAAAAAAAAUGACAGAUAUGCAAAUUGAAGGCGAGGAAAUUUAAAUUGACUGCAAAAAAAUGCAAAACAAAAAUUCACAGCCACAAAAAACAACAUUAAAUGGCUACAAAGACAUGCAAGAUAUCCUCUAAAAGACACAAAAUGCCCACAGAGUCUCACAAAAGGAAAACUACUACAAAAGUAUGCAAAACAACCAUAAAGUAAUGCAAAAAAUAACCACAAAGACAUGCAAAAUGACAACAGAAAGAUGCAAAUCAACUGCAAAGCGAAACAAAAUCUCCACAUAGAUCCAAAGUGACCAGAAAAAAAAUGAAGAUGCAAAAUCACCACAAACCAAAAAAGAAGUGAAACACAAUCCCAUUGACAGAAAAUGACUACAAAAAGUAACAAAAGAACCACAACAACAUGCAAAGCAACGGCAGAGAUGCAAAAUUAUCACCAAAGAAGCAGCUUAACCACAAAUAGAAGCAAAACAACCAAAGAAAGAUCCAACAUAACCACAGAGAAAUGCAGUAUUACUUUAAAGAGACCAUAAAAGAAGCAAAACAACCUAAAAAAUUUCAAAUGGACAACAAAAGGUGCACAUAAGAAACAUAAAAUAACAAAUAAAAAAUAACAAAAAAAACCCCCAAAGGAUGCAGAACAACCAAAAAGCAACGCAAAAACACAAAACAAGCAUUUGCAAAACAACCAAAAAAAGAAAAUGAACCACAAAAUAAUGCAGGCUAAACCCAAAGAAAUGCAAAAUGACUACCAUUUUUCACGUCGGGACUGAGUUUGAAUCGACUCAUUACAGCUCUGCUCUGGAAAGUGUUUGUCUUGAUUACUGCACAGCUGCUCUAAUGAAAGACGCUCCACUGGAUCGGCAGCGUUUCAUUGUUUACUGAAAAUCAGUUCACUAUGAAAUUAAAUGUGAUGAAGGAAGACAAAGACCUGAUAAACGCACAAACUGGGAAUGUUGCUGUGUGUAAGAUUUCUGAGUUGUGGAGAUAAAUGAGCCAGUUCGAGCUAAAA